AUGUUUUACCGAUUCGAGUGCUUUUCGUCCAAGUCCCUUCUCUCGUUAUGGGACAAAGUGGAAUAUAUGAAGCCUCACAUUGAUGCUUAUCAAAUUGUUUUACAGUAUCGACAAUGCUCGCCAAGGGUCAUCCUUCAUAUACAAUGGAAUGUGGCAUCCAAUAUCAUGCUCGAGGGACAGACGCGUGCAAAGCAAUGCAGGAAUAACCCGGAGAGCCUGUUGCUUCUCAUUGAAGGAAUUAAAACAGACUGCAUGGAGCAAAUUAAAGUCUCCAAAGGUUUACUGGACGACAUAGCUGGUGAAGGGAGACAAGAAGAUCACACAGCUGCUCGCUCCUUGCUGGAACUGAAAUUACACUUGGUAUUCGCCCGACUAUGUGGUCUGGGUCUACUAUAUGCCUCGGUACUGAGGUCAAGGCUUUUAGAGGGCGAGAAUAAUGGGGAUCCAAACAUACACUCCAAAGAAUCGCUCCGUAUUGUCGACCAAGUCGCUGGGAGUAUGAACAGCCCUCCAGAUGCCCCAGGCCAACAUCUUUUUACAUUUCUCAGCCGGUUCGGAGGCAUUUAUCCGGAUCAACUUGUUCGUGUACUAGAAGUGUUUGUUGAGUGUGCCGAGUUGAAGAUGGGUGGCAUCAUAUUCAAAUCUCCUCUUCAACGUGUGAUCUAUAACGUUGUGAAUGUGUGCAAAAAACAUUUUCGAGAACAAUCUUGUUCAAAUAAGAGUUUUCGGACGCCUCGCCAAAGAUUUUGA